AGUAAUCCACAAGGCCUUUUUCCGGUUAGCCUCAGUGCCAUACGGUUGUAUUCGGUGCCAUUGGUGAAAUUUAAGAACAUCUAACAAAAUGAGGAUCUACAAAGAUAAAUUCACUGGUGACGAGAUGUUCUCCGACUCCUACAAAAUGAAACUCGUCGAUGAGGUACUCUAUGAAGUUUACGGAAAAUUGGUUUCCCGUAAACACGGAGACAUCUCAAUUGCGGGCUUCAACCCGUCUGCUGAAGAAGAGACUGAAGGCACCGAUGAAGCAGUUGAAACUGGUGUCGACAUCGUCUUGAACCACAGAUUGUGUGAAACAUACGCUUUCGGUGACAAGAAAUCGUACACAGUUUACCUCAAGGAUUACAUGAAGAAGCUUGUAGCUAAAUUGGAAGAAACAAACCCAGACCAAGUAGAUGUGUUUAAGACCAACAUGAACAAAGUUAUGAAAGACAUCUUAGGCAGGUUUAAGGAAUUGCAAUUUUUCACUGGAGAAUCCAUGGAAAUUGAAGGUAUGGUUGGCCUUAUGGAGUACCGUGAUGUAGAAGGAGGUCAAAUUCCAGUCAUGAUGUUCUUCAAACAUGGUUUAGAUGAAGAGAAAUUCUAGUUCAAUUAAUUACUAUUUCUUCAAUUUAUUUAUCGGCCCCAUCUACAUAUUUAUAUAUAUAUUUUUGCAAUUUAUUUAUGUUCUUUGGUCUGUUGAAUAUUAACAACUUGUAACGUGUACACUCAUGUAAUUCUAUUGCAAAAUUUUACGAACAUCUCAUUUUGAACGUUUUUAAUAUGGAUUAAUUUCCAUUAUAUGAACAACAGCUGUGAAUAAAUACAAUUUUUUUAAAUUUA